AUGGAAGAAAAACGGGAAAUUGAUGUGAAAACUGAUAGAAAAAAGGUAAAUAAGGCAUCGGAAAAACAUAAGCAGUUGGCUCAUUUCAUCAAAAGUGUUCAUACACAAUUACGUAAAGAUUCUGAGGUUUUUGGAGCUAAAGAAGCAUGGAACACGCAUAUUGCACAAAAAGAAAAAUUAAAGGAGUAUGCAAAAUCAAUGUAUCAACUCGCAACCAAGCAUUGGGGUCAAAAAUCUCAAAGUUCAGAAAAAAUAUCUUGUAGAGUGGAAUGGAUUAAAAGUAAAUGCAAAGAUUAUUUUUUCAAUGGUGGGGUUGAUAAGUAUGAUGAAAAAGAGCAACACUUACUGGAAAAGGAUACUCCAGAAUCUUGCAGAGUUGAAAGAGUUGAAAAUUUUGAGGCUUGGGUAAUAUCUAAAAUAACUGUUUUAGAUGUUGGUAGUUGUUAUAAUCCUUUUGCUACAGAAAAUUCCUUUAUUGUAACUGCUGUAGAUAUAGCUCCCUAUUCAAGUGAUGUUCUCAAGUGUGAUUUCCUAAAUUUAAAUGUGGGCAGUGAAAGAAAAGUAACAGAGUGCAACAAUGCAUUAAUCGAACUGCCCAAAAACUCUUGCGAUGUUGUGAUAUUUUCAUUACUACUAGAAUACAUUCCAUGCCCUGAUCAAAGAUUCUCGUGCUGCAAAAAAGCAUAUGAGUUAUUACGUGAUAGAGGCAUUUUGUUUAUUGCUACUCCAGAUUCAAAGCAUCAAGGCUCCAAUGCUAAAAUUAUAAAUACAUCUUGGAAAGUAGUUUUAGCAAAAUUAGGUUUUAUGAGAAUAUGCUAUGAAAAAUUGCCUCAUCUGCAUUGUAUGAUGUUUAGGAAGUGCUGUUUUAAAGAAGCAGCAAUGAAAAAAAUUAAUUGGAAAAAAAUUCCUGAAAACGACGAAUUGUAUUCAUUGAUGAAAAUUUUUAUUCCACAAGAUUUCCAGUCAAAAAAUGUGAAUGAUGAUACUGACGACGAUCUACAACAAUUUGAACACAAUGAUCAAGAAUCACUAGCUUUGUUUAAUGAACUGCCUUGUGAAAUAUAA